AUGAAGAUGAGCCAGCAGAUGUACAGGUACGAGCAGUCCUUCCUGAAUUACUGCCACGCCCACCUGACGCUGCUCCCAGAAGUGGGCGGAGCCUCUUCUGCUGCGGGACCAGACUUGCCCCUCCCACUCCCACCCCCACCACGCCCCCAGAACCCCUACGAGGCCCCCCAGCACUGCCCCAGGACCUUCUCUCUGCAGCAAUGA